CCAAACCACAGAUCUUUCAACCUGGUCCGCCGCCGUAUGCUCCGCCUCAGAUUCCCGGCUCGCUCGUCCCCAAUCUUCCGCCGCCACCACAAUUCCGUCCCGGGAUGCAGUUCAAUCAGGUUCCCAACUUUCAAAACCCUAUUCCUCCUCCAGGAUCCAUGCCUUAUCAAUCCCAGCCUCCUCCCAAUGCUAUGAGACCUUUCACGCCUAUGCCUAAUGGCUAUCCCGCUGCUCCUCCUCCCGCGUCUUUGAUUGAGAAACGUUGCAAGGCUUCAACUCACUUCUACGCCUCCCUCAUGUUGGUAUGCGCAAUAUUCUCCUUCCUUUUGUUUAGUUAGUUAGUUAGUGUAGUAGCUCUAUAACCACUCUCUUUAAACGUAUUUUAACCAAAACCCCUUGACCUUAAUAAUGAUGCUCCCAAAUUUUAUGUUAAAUUGAGAUUCAUUGUAGCUUUUUGAGAACUUUGAACAACAAAGCUUUUUGUAGCGACUGACUUCUCCUUGGUCUUGGCUUUGAGGUAUUGCUAUUUCUUUUAAGGCUUCCACACAUAUCUCUUUCUUUUCCAACCUGCUAAUGGUUGUGAUAAAGUUAUUAUAAUGGGAUGAUGUGAGGAUGGGCGUUCUGAUAUUAUCUAAUCUCAAAUCCAACGUUUGUGAGAUGGUUAUAGAUUCUUCUCUCUUUCAAAGUUUCCCCCAUGAGGUACAACUACUUAAUGUGGUAACAGUGACUGCGAUACUGGUGCUAUCUUCUUAAUGUGUCCUUCAGGUUUCUGUGUCCAUCCUGGUGGUAUUUGUACUGCCUCUGGUGUCCAUAUCUAAUUUGCUCUAGUUUGUGGUAACAAUACAGAAUGCAUUUAUUUUCAAUUCCGCUUUAUGGCACUCUUGAUUUAUGCUUAAUGCCGUUGUUCUGUUAACAUGUAGAACAUUUACUGAUGAAUUUCCAGAGACUUGUUUUGUUUUGUUGAUGCAGGGGUUCUCCGGUAUCCUUCUCCAUAUCCAACAAUGGUUCGUCCGGGUUUUAUUAUGCGCCCUCCUGGUACAGUCGGUGCUGUUCCUCUUGUGCAACGUCCACCUAUCCCAGGAAUGCCUGGUCUCCGUCCCGUUAUGCCUCCUAUGAUUAGACCAGUUCUUGCUCCUUUCGUACCACCUGUAGAGAAACCGCAGACCACUAUUUACAUUGGCAAGAUAGCAACCGUGGAAAAUGACUUUAUGAUGUCUAUUCUCGAGUUUUGUGGCCAUGUCAAAGGCUGUUUACGUGCGGAAGAUCCGACCACCAAGAAACCUAAAGGUUUUGGAUUCUAUGAAUUUGAAUCAGCUGAAGGGAGUCUUCGUGCAAUACGCCUUCUUACCAAACUAACUAUAGAUGGACAAGAGCUUUUGGUGAAUGUUAAUCAAGCGACAAAGGAGUAUUUGCUAAAAUAUGUUGAGAAGAAAAUUGAUAAUGCAAAGAAAGCCAAGGAAAGUCAAGGUGAAGGUCCUGAGAGUGAGCGAGAAAAAGCUGUAAUAUCUGCUGCGCCCACCGUUGGGGAGACGGGAAAGGAUGGAGAACCAAAGAGUAAAGAAAACAUUGAUAUUGCUAAUUCUGCACUUCUUACUGAUGAAGAAAGAGAGGCUGACAAAGAGGCUAAGGAGAAGAUUGACAAUGCCAUUGAACAAAGGUCAAAGACCAACCCUCUGCCUCCACCACCCCCACCCCCACCUGCUGAUGUUUCAGGCAUAGAGCUUGCUUUCAAAUCUAAGGAUGGAGACUCCAACACUGACGUAUCUCGGAGUGAUUUCGCUGCAAAUGAUGUUGAGACUCCUGGAGAACAUAGUAGGCCUGACACAAGUUCACCUGAUUGGAGUAAGAGAAAUGACCGAAGAAGCAGAGACAGGGGUGAAAAGGAGCAAGAAAUGGAUAGAUAUGAGAGGGAGGCUGAACGAGAACGAUUGAGGAAAGAGAGAGAGCACAGGAGGAAACUUGAGGAUGCGGAGCGCGCUUACCAGACUCGUCUUCGACAGUGGGAACGCAAAGAAAGAGAAAAGGAGAAGGAACGACAGUACGAGAAGGAGAAGGAGAAAGACAAAGAGCGUAAGAGGAAAAAGGAAAUCCGCUACGAGGAAGAGGAGGAUGAAGACGAUGAUGAUUCGAGAAGAAGAUGGCAUAGAGGUGCAGAAGAGAGAAGGAGACGGCGGCAAAGAGAGAAGGAGGAUGACUUGGCUGAUAGACUGAAAGAAGAGGAAGAGGUUGCUGAGGCGAAGAGGAUUGCUGAGGAGCAAAAGUUGCAGCAACAGCAGUUAGAUGCCUUAAGGCUCAUAUCUGGACAGGCAGUUAUUGGAAGUGAACCGAAUCAGACAUUAACCAUUGAAAACGAUAAUAAGACAACUCUCCAAACUGUAGGUGAAUCUUUCAGUGAGCACCGUGCAUCAGAUAUGGAACAAAAUGGCUCUGGUAAUGAAAUGUCCAUGGCUGUUGAUAAUAACAGUGGGUCUGAAGCACAUGCUCCCUCCAAGAAAUUGGGAUUCGGGCUUGUCGGAUCUGGAAAACGGACAUCUGUGCCUUCUGUUUUCUAUGAGGAGGAUGAAGAAGAAGCACACAAGGAUAAGAAGAUGAAACCUUUGGUUCCUAUAGAUUACUCAGCCGAGGAACAGGAAGCCGUAGCCCACGGUGGCUCAGGGAAUACACCAACACCACCUCAUUUGGCUUUAGCUGCUGAAUUUGCAAAACGAAUUUCGAGUAGUAAUCCCAAGGACGAGACAACAGAAGGGGAGAAGCAUAGGAGCAAACGUUCUCAUGAUAAGCCAAGCCACCGGGAAAGGGAACGGGAAAAGGACAGAGACAGAGCCAGGGACCGAGGCGACGGGCAUGGUGGUUCAGCCAAAGACGGUAAAGAUUCUGGAAAAGCAAAGACACCUGAUACCAAGAAGCUGAUGGAUGCCAAACAAUUGAUAGAUACAAUCCCAAAGACAAAGGAAGAGUUAUUUUCCUACGAGAUAAACUGGGCUAUGUAUGACAAGCACCAAUUGCACGAAAGAAUGAGGCCAUGGAUCUCAAAGAAAAUCAUGGAGUUUCUUGGAGAAGAGGAAGCCACACUGGUAGAUUUCAUUGUGUCAAACACUCAACAGCACGUGCAAGCGGCUCAAAUGCUUGAGCUAUUGCAAUCGAUACUAGAUGAAGAAGCUGAGAUGUUUGUUCUCAAGAUGUGGAGAAUGCUCAUCUUCGAGAUCAAGCGGGUCGAAGCUGGUGUCCCGGUAAAAUCCAAAGCCUGAAACUUUUUUUUUGUUUAAAGACUUUUCUUCCUUUGCUGCGUCCCCAAUUUUUUCAAGGUCUUGUUGUUUUUGGAUUUAACGAAGAAUCACCAUGUUUACAAGCUUUAAUGUAGAAGAAGAGACUGUAAAAGAUAUACACAUUCUAGUUGACAAUAAAAUAUUUGCGCUUAA